GGGCGGGGACGCAGUCCCGGGUCGGAGCGGCCGAGCCCCGCGCGCGCCCCUCCCGCGCCCUGCGUCUCCGCCCGGCCGGCCGGCGGGGGAGGGGGCAUGAGCCGGCGCCCGCGCGCCGCCGGGAGCUGCGGGCCGGCCUAGAGCCCCGCGCGGGCCCCGCGCCCGAGCCGAGCCGCCGCCGAGCCCCGGGCGCCGGGAUGCAGCGGCCGGGGGAGUCCGGCGCCGCGCGCUUCGGCCCGCCCGAGGGCUGCGCAGACCACCGGCCGCACCGCUAUCGCAGCUUUAUGAUCGAAGAGAUACUGACAGAGCCGCCGGGGCCCAAGGGCGCCGCGCCCGCCGCCGCUGCCGCCGCCGGCGAGCUGCUCAAGUUCGGCGUGCAGGCGCUGCUGGCGGCACGGCCCUUCCACAGUCACCUGGCGGUGCUGAAGGCGGAACAAGCGGCAGUGUUCAAGUUCCCGCUGGCGCCGCUGGGCUGCUCCGGGCUGGGCUCGGCGCUGCUGGCCGCCGGGCCUGGUUUGCCCGGCGCCGGGGGUGCGCCGCACCUGCCGCUGGAACUGCAGCUCCGCGGAAAGCUAGAGGCGGCCGGGCCAGGGGAGCCGGGCACCAAAGCCAAGAAAGGGCGCCGCAGCCGCACUGUGUUCACCGAGCUGCAGCUGAUGGGCCUGGAGAAGCGCUUCGAGAAGCAGAAGUACCUCUCCACACCGGACAGAAUAGAUCUGGCCGAGUCGCUGGGCCUGAGCCAGUUGCAGGUGAAAACGUGGUACCAGAAUCGAAGGAUGAAAUGGAAGAAGAUAGUGCUACAGGGUGGCGGCCUGGAGUCCCCCACCAAACCCAAGGGACGACCCAAGAAGAACUCGAUUCCUACGAGCGAACAGCUCACGGAGCAGGAGCGCGCCAAGGAAGCAGAGAAGCCGGCAGACGCUCCGGGAGAGGCCAGCGACCGGAACCGUGAGGCCUGA